AUGGCGGCCAACCGCAGCCGGGAGCACAUGGGCCCACUUGCCUUAAGACCGAGGAAUGGUCGCCGUGGCGAGAGCGCCGAAGGAGGAACGCUCAAGAUGAACAUUGUUUCCUGCCUGAAGCCGAAUGAAGCUGACAUUCUGGCUAUGCUGCUCGAGGCUGUGAAGCAUUCCAAAACAGGGACGGUAGUGAGAGUUGCAGGGGGCUGGGUGCGGGAUAAGCUCCUGGGUCUCGAGAAUGAAGACAUCGACAUUGCACUCGAUAACUGCACCGGCGUGGCGUUCGCUGAGACGGUGAACGCCUACUUGAAAUCCCAGGGGCGGGACGAGGGCAAGGUUGCCGUGAUCGAGGCGAACCCAGAGCAGUCCAAGCAUCUGGAAACUGCGCGGAUGAAAAUAAUGGGGGUGUGGGUCGACUUGGUCAACCUGCGGACCGAGGUGUACAGAUCAGAUAGUCGCAUCCCAGAAACGUCGUUGGGUACCGCGGAAGAAGACGCCCUUCGCCGUGAUUUCACCCUCAAUGCCCUGUUCUACAACGUCAACGAAGGGAAGGUCGAAGACAAGACAGGGAGGGGUGUGAACGACCUUCGGGACGGCAUCAUCCGCACCCCCCUGUCGCCGAUGAUCACCUUCCGGGAUGACCCCCUCAGGGUGCUCCGCGCGGUGCGCUUUGCGGCACGCUUCGGGUUCGCCUUGCACGAGGAUCUGCGCGCCGCGGCCCGGGACAGCGAGAUCCAGGCAGCCUUGGGCACGAAAGUCAGCCGAGAGCGGGUGGGGACGGAACUAUGCGGAAUGAUAACGGGAAAGAUGGCCCAGCCGGCGCUCGCCCUCUCCUUGUUGCAAGACCUAGGUCUCGCGGCUGCCGUGUACGCUCCCCCGGAACACCUAGUUCCACCGCCUGCCGACGGUACUGUUGACUGGGAGCGUGGGGCAGCGGUCGCUCGUGCCGCGGCCCGCCUUUUGGAGUUCCGCUCGAGCGUGAUGGAGGCGAGAGAGGAGGAAGUUACGGACGGUGCACCACCGCCGGCAGCGGAAGCGGCGGCGGUGACCGUAGCGCGAGCGGAAGGGGCCGCAGCAGAGGCGGGUCUUGCUGCAGGCGCGAGCUCGAGUUGUGCCCCCAGCGCCGGUGGUCGGGUGAGCAUGCGGGGUAAGCCGGGUUCUAGUGAUGGAAGGAAGGAGGCACCGACGACCCUCGUGCGAGAGCUCUUCCUGUGCGCCGCGCUGCUGCCGCUGGCGGGGAUGAAACACAAGGCCAAGAAGGGAAAGCUUGUUUCCGCAGCCUAUUCCGUCGUCGCUGACUCCCUCAAGCUCAAGUCCAAGGAAGCGAAGAACGUGGAAGAUAUUCUAGGGCUCCUCAAGACUUUCCGCUCGCUGGCGGAUGCUUACGUGGCUACAGCUACCUCGCCCGGUACUAGCACAGCAAGGAAGACGGAGGUAGAGGGGACAGACCGGGAAGAGAGAGCAACGUUUUCGAGACUUUCGGUUGGGCUCGCCGUGAGACAGGCGAAAGAGCUGUGGCCGACGUGCUUGGACCUGUGCUGCGCCGUGGAAAUGUGCGAGCCUCGACAGCAGGCGCCACCGUCUCCAUCGCCGCCACCAACAACAACAAUGACAACGACAACCACAGGCACAAUACCUGCAUGCCCUGCUGCCCACCGAGAGCAAACUGUUGAAGCCACCGCCGUCACCAGCUCGGUAGGAAGCGGACCACCACCGGCGGCGGGCGGCGAAGAAGAUGAACCUUUUCGGGAGGGGGGCAAGGAGCGAGCCGUGAUUUACAAGUACGCUGGGUUACGGAAAGCUGCGGCGAGCAUGGGCCUGGAGAGGGCCUGGGACAUGGCGCCUCUGGCUCGUGGCAAUGAGUUGAUGGCCGAGCUGCAACUGCCAAAGGGACCCGAAAUCGGCAAACUAAUGGCCAAACAGGCUUCCUGGCAGCUGGAGCACCCAGAGGGUACACGGGAGCAGUGCGUUGCCUUCUUGCGUGCAACCUUGUGAUUUGAAAAACGUGCAAGAUACGACGGUGCAACGCUGCUUCUAAUGCUGACGCUGAGGGCCGUUGGGUUCAGUCCGUCAAACCUCUGCGUGUUUCAUAGGAAGGGGUCUACCAAGUUAAACGGGGCGCCGUGACUCACACAGUGUGCACGCAUGCAUGGGUAUGCGUUCCUCACUUUCAGGUUGCGCGCAGUUGGUGUGUGGUGUGGAAAUCCCGGCAGGUACGAUGUGCUCCACCAGGGAGAUAGAUGUACUCGGGUAAACCUACAUGAUGGGGGAGGUGGUGUCUCUGAAUGACUCUCUGAAAUCGUGUUUCACAUGGCAUUAGGACCAAGUACGGUGUUGAGGUCGUGCAUGCAUCCCGCUUGCGUUGGUUUUGUCGUUCUAUGGGUUGCGGUGCACCGCGUAUGGGGGUCGGUUAUUUGUGUUGUCGACGACCCUAGAUAAGUGCAUAGGGUAGAUUCAUUAUGACUACGGUGGCGGUCAAGUUUUUGAAUGGAAAGAGGUGCAAGAACUCGAUGGCGAUGCCGACCGAUCUGUAGCCUUCGAUUUGAUGCAUCUGAUGUGUGCACACAAACCCACGCUGUCGCCCCAGUGGUCAAAACCUCGCAACCUGCAGUCGUGAGCCCGAAUCUUAGCGCCGUCAAACGAACCAGAAUAUUCCCUCAAAAACAGUCCAAUCUAUCUGUGGAUAUUGCAGCGAUUGAUUCGUAUGGUGUGCACAACAUUCGGAGUCACAAUUGUCGAGGCAAAGGCACGGCUGAACACUUGUCGCGACAUGGCAAAAACAAGCAAGUCCACACCACACUGUUGUGUGCGCUCGUGCUUCCUCUCAAUCACGUCUUUCCCAUGCCUGUCCUUCCAUGUCGUCAGCGUCCAGCGCCAACACUGUACUGUGGGAUAUUCCGUCUGUAGGAGUGACCCAGGCUGGCAUGUCCAACAAAAACCAUGCCGAGAGGCGAAAAAAAUGCUUGACCGACGUCCAGAAGAAGCGGGGUGACAUGCACUUGCACCAAACAUUUAUCUUUCAUCGGUCAGCCGUUUGUUUAGCUAGGGUGGUUUCCAAGGGUGUUGAGGAAAAGUGUGUGCAAGGGUUUUCGGGACAUUCGAUCUCUCUUGUAUGUUUUGUCGCACAUAUUGCGGAGUGGGAGGAUUCUGUAAGCCCAUUUCUAGGGUGAUUUCAUGGCGGCUGAGCGUU